GAAUGGUGCGAGGCUGGGGAUGAAUCCUGGGAGUAUCCCGUGACACCAUGUCGCAGUAGUUUUUUCGCGCAGCGCAUCGAUGAGCCAGUGAGGGAGCAAAGAAAUAACGAAAAUUUGUCUUUAUGUCAUCUAAACGCGCAAAAAGCAGCCAAUCACUACCCGUCGCAGUUUCGCAGUUUCGCAGUUUCGCACAAUAAGAUGGUGCAAGAUGCUAAGAAAACCAGCCAACGAGCGUGUCUCAAAAGACUCGACCAUUAUCCACUUUAUAUGCAGCCGCCAGUCAAUGCCCAACCAAGGGAUGUGGACACUUUUCUUUUCGUUCUUCCAACGGGGGGAAAUGAGGCGACCCCACAGGCUGAGUCGGUGAGCGGCAAGUUAGCGGAGGGGGGGCUUUUCGUCAAGGGGCCUACCGGAAGCGGCGUGUCCCCGGUGAGAGAGAGCACAUGUCACUCGCAAUGGUCGAUGAGCCGUCGUUGA